CCCUACUACGAGAGCCUCCGGAACACGCUCAAGAGCACCCUGGCCAAGAAGCGACAGCUCGACGAACAAUUACAGGCGCUCGAGGACAACAUCUACAAGAUGGAGAGUAGCUAUCUCGAGGAAACCAACGGUGCUGGCAACAUAGUGCGCGGAUUUGACGGCUGGGUCAAGGGUGUCGUGGUAGGAGGAGACAAGAAGUCCGUCGACGAUCGCAAGGCCAGAGUCAGAGUUCGCGACGAAGACCGCAUCUUUUCACGAAGCUCCAUGUCGUGGAUCAGAGUAUGCUCAAUACCAUGUAACGCUCUCGCACAAGACUCGGAUCUCCCAACAUCGGCCACCAACACCCCUUCACACGUACCAACACCUGCCUCAUCAGUAGCUCCCCAGCUGGCUUCGAGAGAAAGCAACCAUCCCACUCCUGGUAGCACUGUUUCCAAGGCAAAUAGCAAAAAGAAGAAGGCUGCCGACAAGGACGAUGAUGAAGACAACAAGCCUGCGAAGAGGUUGAAGAUCACCUACGGGCGCGAAUGA